AUGUCGAUCGGGGCGAAUGCAGUGAUGAGUGUGCAGAAUGGCUUCACAGCCAAAAUCAUUCGAUUCGUGCCGCAUUUUGUAGCUCUCCGACUCAGUUGGACACACAAUGAUCUUAAAGCCGAGGGACUUGAACAGUUUGUUGAGGAGUGUCUUCCAGCCAUACGCGAGAAUAAUCCACAAGUGAAAUAUUUCCUUCAGCGAUCAUAUACAACUUGUGAUCCAUUUGUAGUUGGAGAAUACAGCUGGUUGCGUCAUCGUAAGAAGCGUGUAAACUGGAAGUCCAAGGAGCAGGUGCUGUCUAUGAUCGAAGAAAUGUCGAUUGGAGGAGAUUACCGAGAAGGAUAUAAACGAGGAGUCAAUCGUCGUCUACCACGUGGUCAAGAACUUUGGGAUACGGAAACAAUGGGUCACGAUGUGUUCCAUGUGACAAGCAAAUGGAAAGCCGAUAUUCCAGAAGAAGACGAGUUGCCAAUUACUGCAAAGACCCAUCCAAACUUUACCUAUCGAAAAUAUUAGAUUUAAAAUUAAAAUCAUGUUUUAGUGUAAAUUAGUGGUUUCUUAUUGUUUCUGUUUUGUUGAAUGAAUUUUCGAAA